AUUAGGGAGAGUUUUCAGCGCUUGUGCGAGUGGUGAAGGGAAGGUUACGCGGUUUGCGCAGUGUUCUAAUAAUGGCGUCUGUGCCGAAGAUGCGAUCUGGUCUGAGAAAAUGAAGCGGAGGAGAAGUUGUUUUUAUUAAUCAAAAGCCGGGGUUUCCUUCAGUGGGCUUUACGUCGAACGCAACGACGUUUCCAAGAGGUUCGGGUUUAAGUUUCGGUCUGUGGAGCCCCGAAAUGAUGAAGCUUAAGUCGAACCAGACCCGGACCUACGAUGGGGAUGGCUACAAAAAGCGGGCCGCCUGCCUGUGCUUCAGGAGCGAGAGCGAAGAGGAGGUGUUGCUGGUGAGUAGCAGCCGGCAUCCGGAUAAGUGGAUUGUUCCCGGAGGAGGGAUGGAGCCAGAAGAAGAGCCCAGCGUAGCCGCUGUGCGGGAAGUGUGUGAGGAGGCUGGCGUCAAAGGGACGUUAGGACGAUUAGUAGGAACUUUCGAGAAUCGAGACAGGAAGCACAGAACAUAUGUCUAUGUUCUUAUUGUAACAGAGGUCCUGGAAGACUGGGAGGACUCUGUCAAUAUUGGGAGAAAAAGGGAAUGGUUUAAAAUAGACGAUGCCAUAAAAGUGCUGCAGUGUCAUAAGCCCGUGCAGGCCUCCUACUUUGAAGCGUUGCAGCAGGGCUGCCUGACGAGUAACGGGACGCCUGUGGUAGCCACCAUAGCCGGAGACCUCUCUCCUACCUUCAACAUCAACCAGAGCUCAGUCUCCGGUAUCAGAUAACUAACGCACAACGUGGAUAUCCCCGAAACUUUCUCUUUAUUUCUCUCUCUUUCUUACUCGUUCCUCAUUUUUUUUUAAACAAAAAAAAAACGGUUUGCCUUGCCACCCUCUAACGCCAGCAGUGAUUGGCACAGACUUGACAAAAGUUGAGCGAUGGUUAUAAAACACUUUGUAAAUGUAAAGUUUUUUUUCUUUAUAUUGAUAAUUGCAUGAAACACCCUCCCUGUUCCUUUCCUUGUCCUAAACAUGCGGUUUAUUGAAUGCAAGAGCUACUUUUUACUGUUGUGAUGUAAAGUAUAUACAUAGUGCUUAAGGUUAAGGCUUUCAAGGGUCUUUUUAAUUUUCUUUUUUAUUCCAACCCUGAUAUGACGUAGUUUCAUUGUCUGAUUGGAUGGGUGAGUGAGUAGUGGCUUUGUUUUGCAUGUACUAUUGAGCCCCUUGGCUUUUAGUUGUCUUACAGUUUGGGUGAGUUAAUCUGAAACAGUGAAUUGUUUUUGGCUUCACUAUUUUUGGGGGAGGUUUGGGUAGGAGUCUGAUCUGAUCUGUAAACUCAGCAGGUUACAUUUUAGAGUUUAAAAUCCUGCUUGCCUGACUGUGCUUCACGUAGCUGUAAUAUUGUUUCCAGCGCGAAUUUAUGGUGAGUGGGCUGAGCCUGUGAUAUUGUUCAGUCAGUUUUGUUUCAGUCCCUCCAAACUCGACAGGAUAUCUCAGGACAACAACAGGGGAGCCAAAGUCAAGUCUUCUAAGGCCAGAGUUCUGCCUUAUGAGUUGUGCUCCAAUAUGACACUGUAGUGACCUAAUAUAAUUGUUAUAGGUUUUAAUGUGGUUGAUGAUUUAAGGAUGCACUAAAUUUAAAGUUUAGGGCCUGUAGUAUAUGUAAUGGCAUUGGGUUAAGAUGCCAUUAAGGAAAAAAAAUAACCCCCAAUUAGAACAAAAGACCUCUUUAUUAAUAUGAGUGCUUUGCUUUGCAAUAGAUCCAGAAGACCCAUAAGCCUCAGAGGAACAGUGUCUGGCAAGAGCUUCAUGGAGGAAACAUUUGAAGAAACAAAAUUUGGUGGGGGAGUAGUCUUGUUGGGGUCUUUAAGCAGGUGAGCUAGAAUGAUUGACUGGCAUUUUCAGUUUCUUACAAUUCUAGACUGGAAAAGUAGUGGAGGUGUGUCAGCUUAGUUUUGUUCUAUUAGUGUCAGCACAUUUAACCUCUGAAACAAUUCUGUUGCAAAAGACAAUUUCUAGCGAUUAGACUGCAAGUAAGUCUCUGUCCUAAUACACACUAUCACUGUAACGUGUAAUGUGUUAGUGUCAGUUAUCCUUAUAUCAGUCCACUAUUACAGGACCAUUCACACAAUAAGAUUUACUUUUGGCCACUGACUGCUGCACCUUGCUGGUUGCAGAAGCAUGGUUACUGAGGUUCUGUCUUUGUGCAUUUUGGCUGACCUGCCUGAAAUCAUUUGGGUUUGGAAGGGGAUGUAGCUGUAUCUUCUUCGCCACAAAAAAGGAAGAGGUUGAGCCGUUCAUCUGGCUUUCAUUAGCUUAUACCAGCGCUGACCAAGUUGGAUCUUUUGUGCUUUUCCCUUCAGCUAAUUUGCUUUUUUCACAAAUGUUUACUGUCGUCUUCAUAAAGUUUUAUGUUACCCUUCAGAUUAACACUGGACUUUGUAGAUAAGGAUUUUUUUUGGAAGGCACUUUCUAGGUCUUAACAGUGUUUCUUUUUAUUUUUUUUUCUGUUCUUGUAAAUUUUGUUUAGCGUUUCCUUACUUGUUGGAAUAUUGAAACUGCAUCCCUUCCAAGAACUUCAUCACUUGCUUGACAUCAAAACCAUUAAUAAAAAAAAGAUGUUUCUAACAAGAUAUGGAACAAAUAAAACUUGUACAGUCAAAACCUUAUUUUUUAACCUGUAAAAAAAUAAUGCUUUUUAAACAUAAGAUUUUCCUUUUCUUCAAAAACGUCUGGCAAAACCGAUUUAAGCCAAAUUGCAUUAUCUGCCUUUGUUGUGGUAGGGGCAAGCAGCAAUUGGCUCGAUACUGUGAAAAUAAUGGAGCAGCCGUGGAAAAGAAGCUAGACGUUUUAAUGUAAAUUAUCAGUUUAGUUCUGUAUAGAUGAAAAGUUAAAGACGUAAUACUUUUUUUUUAUUGUUUGACACAUCGGUAGAUUGUACUUUUAGAUAGGACGUAGUUAUUGCUGUAAGAUCUGAUACUACAGGGUUACCAUGGCAGGUGGCAAACCUGCAGAGCACAAAACUGUGUGGACAAAUCUUAUACAGGCGUAACAAAAACAGAAGACGGAGGGUGGGGUGAAGGGAGCUUAUUAAAACGGAGCAUCAAGAGUGUCCCCAAGCCCUGGUUUGGUUUUUACUCAUCCUGGUUCUUCAGACUUGUGGAGCAGAACCCGUGUACCCUGCAUGACCAGCAUACUCUACCCCAUACUACAGACCGUGCUGAAAAAGGGCUGUUUUUCUGAAAAAGACCGUGCUGUCUGGGAAGACAGAAAAGAAGUAGAUUGCUUUCAUGGAAUUCGGCAGUCCUAGUUGAUCACUGCUGAAAUGUAAUUUCUUUCUGAACGAGGCCUGCUUUGUUGUGGAUAUUAUUGGCUGGAAAGGCACGAAAAUAGAAAAAACCAAAUCCAAACCUAUUUCUGUCUGCUUCCCCUUUUUAGGUAAUCGAGGGAAUGCCUGUUCUGACCUUAAUCCCCGUCUUUUUCAGCUAUCCUGAUCUUGAUUGGCAGUCCAAGCCCACUGUUCCUCUCUGACCUUUCCAUUUUAACUAGGAAGCAGCAGACCGAUUUGCUUUUGCUUUAAAAGUAAACCUUCAUUUAGCUCCAUUGUAGAGCUGGUUAGGUGAAGAGCCUAACUACAGCUGUGAUGGGGGUGGGGGAUGAAGUUAUUAAUUCAUGAUCAGUUUGGGUACAUGAGUUCCCAUUCACAUACUUCUGUCCCUGGUAUAGGUAGCCUCACUUGCAUGCAUUUUCUUCACAGCCCAGAUGCGUUUCCCUCAGAUCUCCUCUUGCUGUCACAUCGUGUGCACUGGAGAUAACGUUUGUGCACAGCACACUUUCUGCUGGUUGUGAUUGUAAUUUGCUUUUUGGAAACGAGGGGGAAAGAAGAGAAAUGGAGCAGUUAUCUUUGGUGUAAAUGUUAGGCUACUAGAACUGCUUUUCUAAUAUUUUUAUAGCCAUUCUGAAUCAUUCUGCAAAUUUAGGUAAUAUUGUUUUUCAGGCCCAAACACGUGUUGGUGCAAUAUUAUGGCUGUCUUCAUGCUGGGUGUAUUAUGAAGGAACUCGGUUUGGUUUUGAGAAUAUACGGUAUAUAGUUCCACAGGGCUCAUGUCUCCCGUUUUCUUGUCAAUAGGCAUGUGAACGGAGGCCAGACGAGAUUCGGUUUAAUUCAAACUGUUUAAUUAUUUUUUUUAAUACGACAGCAUAAUACCUGUGAAUAAACCAAGCCAAAUUAAGGCAAGUGCUGAUUGUUGUUUUAAUAUUGUGAAGGGCUUUCUGGAGUGGCAUUGUCCCGGUUUAGUCGGCGUAGUGCGUUGGCAUAGUGCUGCACAUCUUGCCCCGUUUGUCUCCAAGGCCAGUCCAAGCUUGUACUUGUACACUCCCCCACUAUAGGGACCCACAUUGGAAAGCCACCUUUCCAGUGGCUGUUGAAUUCGAAGGAAGGUCAAGUGUGCAUUGCUGGGUACAGGGCUUACUUGUUUUUUUCUGGGCGGGGGAGGGUGGAUUUAAUGGUUUGCAUGCAGGAUCACUUGGUAGGUUUGCUGCAGAUUUAUCCAAGCAGAAGCAGAAGUAGAAGUAAUCGCUGAACCUUUUGCAGCAGGAUAUUUUAAGUUUUUGAUAGAACCAUUCUCCCCCCUGUUUAUUAAUGAAUUUGAGAGUUUUUGGACAAACCUUAUAGUCCGUGUGUGGACUGUUGUGUAGGUUCACUAGCCCCAUUAGCAGCUCAGAAACUGUAUGCACUGAAGACAGAAGGAAGCUGUACGUUGCUCCAUGGCAGACAUUAUGCCUUUCCCAUCGUACUGUUGGUGCCAUUAGGUUCAUUUAAUUCAAAUGCCAAACGAAGAAGAGGUAGUGAUGGACAGUUGUUUUGUGGAGCAGUGCUCCAUAUCAUGUGAGGUUAACAUAUGACCCAUUGUGCUAUAGUCCAUGUGCCUGGUCAGGGAGAAGGCGGUGAUCAAUAAAAGAGCCUCUCGCAUGUUUAAGGGCUGAAGCUGAAGAGUUUAGCGAAGGACCUGAUGGCAUACGUGUCUGACAUCAUGAUCACUCAGAAGCCCUGAGUAAGGCCACAUGCGGAGGGAUCUUUACUAUAUAGUGACUUCUAUAUGACAUGGAAUGAGCUUUGGUAACCUAUUGGACACAAACCUUCUUUUGUAUAAACCAAGAAGACACUGAGGCAGGCACAACACCACAAACCCCAGGUCUGUAGUAGCUCUGUACUGUACAGACCUACACAAGUGAAACUUAACUGAGAAAAUAUCCAUUUUCCGUGAGUGGUUAAUGGAAAGAUGAAUGUGGUGAAGUUAAUGAUACAUUAGCUGGAUCAUGUCACCUAGUUUAAGCACUGCCUUCCUUUAAGUAGAUUAAACUGCUGGGCACUGGGAUUUGUUUUGUGUCUCACAAAGAGUUUUCUUUUUCAGUAAUGACUGUUCAGUUGCCUGUGGGGAGGGCUUAAUCCAGCUGUGAAAAGAAUGAAUAGUAUAACUAUUUGUACUGUAUAGUUCAAACAUCAAAUGUGUUUUUUGUUUGGUGGUUGACUCUGCCUUGGUAAGCAUGGUUAUAGAAUCCAGGUCUUUGUGCUGGACUUUGGCCGAUCUAAUGCUGGAGCUGUAACUUUUUUUCUUUGUCUUUUUAACAUGUAACUCAUUUAAUUAUAGAAUCUGAAGCCCCAUUUGCUGGAUAGGUUUGAAACGACAAAAAAGACUUCUAACAUUUAAUUGUAGUUCAGUAAGAAUGACCACUUGUACUUCUGAUACCCCUUUCUUCUCUUAUGGAUUGUGCCCAAUGUGUGCUGCUGAGCUCAUAAGAUUUGUAUUUGUCUGUUAGAGCAAACAACGAUGUACUGGUGCUGUCCCUCUGUGAGUCAUUUAGUGGCGAGACAACGGCUUUUCUUUUCUUUUUCAUUUUUCGUUUUUUUUUUAAAUAACUGCCAUCCACUUGUACAAAGUUGGGGGAAUCAAAAAUGGGGUGUGAUGAAGGCUCAUCUCAAAAUAAAAUGAACUUGCAUACUUCCUAUUUGAGUUCAUCUUCCUACCCAGAACCAACACAAAGGUACGCUUUCAAGAGCACAUGCAGUCUUUCAGCUCUGGAAGGCCGUGUGAGUGAGAGAGAUCUGUAGCCCAAAGAUCGAGUUAACUUAGCCUCUGUUCCAUCUGCUGCACUACAAUAUUGGUACUGUAAGGCGUAAACUGUGGAACAGAUGUCUCAUUACAAUCAGCAUGACCAUUUGUAACCCAUUUAUCGGUACUCUCUGUUGACCACAGUGCAGAAAAUAAAAUUAUUAUUAUUAUUAUGAAAAUAAAACCUCGACGACCUGUUUUGUCAUGAAAUCGAUCGCUUUUAGCACCAUUACGUUUCUUGUAAGGCAGAUUCCCCCAAUUUUGCAACAAGUGCCGUUGUCCCUUGAAAAGUAGCCUUUGGGGUGAAGGAAGUAUUGUUCUGCAUACGUAAAUGAUUAAGAUGUAUUUGCAUAAAAGUGUGCACCCAAGGCGCCUCCCUUGUGCUGCUUAUGUCUCUUCAAAGCAGAUGCGGUGGGAUUCAUAUUGAUAUUGGAUUAAAAAAGCGAGGUAUAUUCUAUUUGUUUGCCAUUCACAGUGAAUAAAGUAAGAUAAUCCCCAGCCUCCCAGUUUGCACUACCCCCUACAUGGUAACUGUGACUUUUCACAAUUCCUACGAGAAGUACAUCACUGGAAUUUUUUUUUUCCUUUUAUUUUAUUUUGAAUUGGGGAUUAUGGAAUUUAGAAGUACGUGAGGAGACUGAAGAUUGUAAUAUUAAUGUGCCAACAAAUAAACACCAGUAUUCAUGAA